GCAGACAGCCAGGGCGCCAUCUGGCUGACUCAGCUGUGCUCGCUUCCCACAUAGGAUCUGCUUGGAAUGGAUCUAAGGUGAUUUAGAUCAGUCUCCUAAUGAUGUUUGGAGGAAGAAAGAUGCUAGAAUGGAAGCUCCACUUAGGUAAGUGCCGGACACCCAACACGCACUAACAAGCAAGACUAGACAGAACCGAGGAAGGCAAGAGAAGCUGGUCCGAGCUUAGCGUCCGAAUCUGAGAGACAAAAGAAAAAACUCCCAGUGACGGAAUUCAACGUGCGACGAAGAGGGAGCUUGUUUUGAAGUAGAACUGGAAAUUGUACUAAUUAAAACUUCCUUUUCCAACGUGGAUGAUUAGAAGCGCUGCAAGUUCCCUAGAUUUCAGGAGUUCUCAAAUCACGUUUCUUCCUAAAAUCUUGCCUGCACACACUCCCUGAUAUUCUCCACACACACGAGAGGAAGUGAACAAGGAACUUCAGGGAGUAAAGGACCAGGAAGGCAAUCCUUCCCUGUCUUGGACGCCCAUCACUGGAAGAGCUGGAAGAUGCCUUAACUGAGAGAACGCCAAACAAGAACAAGGUCAGGAGCAAGCGUGCACUUGGAAGGCAAGGGUCAGACGGCGCAGCCGAGUCAGUCUCGACCAAGCCUGGGUAAAGGUCGCCAGGAAACCUUUUAUAAAGUCAGGGCGAGUCCUUUUGGGCGGCGGCCGAAUGAGCCCCUCAAAGCUGGCUAGAGCUGUCACCCGAGCCCAGGGACGCCCUUGCUCCGAUAGUCGGCGCCCCUCCCUCCAAGCGCAAGCGCAGAGGUCGGGGUGACGACAAACCCCGCCAGCCCCAGGCUCUCCGUCUGACGUAAGCGCCGGGCAAGAGAGGCCGGGAGAGGAAGGGCACCGGCGCGGCGCAUCCUACCCUGCUGGCCCGGAUGCGUGCGCAACUCGCUGCGGCGGGCCUGGAUACUGGAGCCAAUGAGGAACGGCUACGUCACGGCGCACCGGCCGGCGCUGCUGCACGUCGGGCCCAGCGAGGGCGGAGCGAGUGCGGUUGCACCGACACCGGUACAUAGGCGCGAAGCGGCGUGUCCUUGGGCUAGAGAGCGGGACGUCCGGCUUCAGCGGGUGGCGAUCGUGUGUUGCCGAGCGGAGAGCGGCAUCACCUGGGGAGAGGACACAUUGAUGGAGUACCUGGAGAAUCCCAAAAAGUACAUCCCUGGAACAAAAAUGAUCUUCGCUGGGAUUAAGAAGAAGGGAGAGAGGGCAGACCUAAUAGCUUAUCUUAAAAAGGCAACUAAUGAGUAAUAGCCACUGCCUUAUUUAUUACAAAACAGAUGUCUCAUGGCUUUUAUGUAACAUUAUUUAAUUCAUACACUAGAAUUCAGAUCAUGAUUGGCUACCUAUUUUUGUUGGACAGUCCUGAUUUAGAUAAAAUUGACUUGUAAAGUGAAUAUCUUUUAAAAAAAGAUUCCAGUUCCAUAAAUAUCACUGCUUUCCCUUUCUGAGGA